AUGCCGCCAAAACGAAAAUCUGUAUUUUUGACAAGUGCCGAGAAAUAUGACAUCAUUAAGAUGAAAGAUAGAGGAGUGCCUCGAAAAACCAUAAUACAACAGUACGGUAUUUCACUAUCCACCUUGAGCAUUAUAUAUGCUGAGAGGGAAGUGAUUAAAAAACAAUUCGAGAGCAACAUAGUGACUACUAAAAGUACCAAAAAAUGUAUAUCAUGGCGCGAGAUAAGGAAUUUAGAAAGAAUUCUUUUCCAUUGGUUAAUGAAAUGUAGGGGAUAUAACAUACUAUUAUCAGGAGCAAGUAUACGGAAAAAAGCUCUGGAAAUUAAUAAAAAAUUAAACAUACAUCCUUAUUUUAAAGCCAGUAACGGUUGGCUAUAUAGCUUUCUAGAACGUCACCGUAUUAGUGAAGAGUAUAUGAAUCCGGAAUUUCCAAACCCAACUGAUGAUGUACUAAAUACCUUCAAAGCUAAUUUUAAUGAACGUCUAAAAGACGAGGGGUGUACAUUGGAGAACGUUUACAAUGUCGUUUACACAUUAAUGAUGUGGAAAGCAGUACCAACAGAAACUUCGAUUUUUCAGCAUUCGGAUGAGAUAGAACAAAAUGAAAUGUUGGAAGAUCACGUUACUGCUUUUUUUUGUGCAAAUGCUACCGGAUGUCACAAGUUGCCGGUACUAAUAGUCGGCAGCGUUAAGGAAAAUCCGGAAUUAGACAAUUUCAAUACGAAUGCCUUAUCAACUAUUUACAGCUCAAACAGCAAUGCUUUGAUGGACAGUACCAUCUUUAAUAAAUGGUUCGAAAACCAUUUCUUAAAAUCAGUUCAAGAAAGACAAAAGCAGAAAGGGUACAGAAAGAAAACAUUUUUGUUACUAAAUAAUGUUAAGUCGCUUUACGAUCUCGAGUAUCUAAAUAAAAAAGAUAACUUCGUUACAGUUAUGACUCUUCCACCUAACGUAUCAGAACACAUACAACCAAUAAAUUAUGGAUUAAUCGUAUAUUUCAAGCGAAAGUACCGAGAAGAAUUGGCGAAAAUAUUAAGACCGUUACCAACAUGCAAUACGAUGAAAGAAGUGAUGGAACUCCAUGCAACAUUAAACAUGUGGGAUUGCUGCCGCAUUGUAGAUGAUGCUUGGUCACGUGUCGAGAAAGCCAUAAUAAAAAGGGCGUGGAACAAGCUUUUGGGACAUAAAAUGAAGCGUAAUGUGGCCGCAAACAAAAGGAGAAGUGACAUACUUAGAACAGUUAGAUUGCUGCAUAGGAUACCUGGAUGGCGACGGUGCAAUACACGCAAUGUGGCAAAAUGGUUUGAAGCUGAUUGCGCACAUGAAAAAGUCAUUAAGGUAUGUACCGACGAAGUUCUUCAAGAUUUUGAAACCAAUGCUUUGGAUCAAGGGGACGUAGAUAUUGUCGACGAUGAAGCUGGGCCUUCUUAUUCAUAG